AUGAGCUCCAAUAUAGGACGAACAACGCCACCAGACAGCGAAGCUUUUGCGGACGCCGCAAAAGCGCAAGUGAUAGUGAGACAUCUCCAUAUUCUCAAUACCCUUGCGAUUGCUGCAUUUGCGGGCUACAUUGCUGCUGAAGAGCUCUCCCGUGAGAUGCUUGGAUGGGAGACGGCAGGCUCCGACCAUGGAUUGCCGACCAAAUCGCAUGAAUGGGACCAAUACAUGCUUGUGCACCACCGGGAGCUUCACACGACUUAUCGCAGCAUCGGCGAGUACUGUGCGAUUCUCCAGGAGCUUGCCGUCCACGAAAAGCUCCUCGUCCUGCCAGCUUACAAGACGCUUCUCUCGGUUUCGUUGAAUGUUCCAGAACCAGCCAUCGGACGUGACUCUUUCCUGGGCAGCAUCAAGCCGACCGACCAGUUCAGUGAAAUCAACAUGCCGAGCCUCGAAGCGAUAGGCCAGAUACGGGAGACCGCUGAAGCAAUACAGCUUCUGGCCAUUAAAAAAAAUGAAGAAGGCGUUGAAAUUGGUUGGCAGGCUGCGUUCAGGGACGCCGAACGGUUUCUAGAGCCGCACUGGAAUCCUCAUUAUGCGAAGUGGAGUAGCGUUGCUGAAUGGAUCGUUGGUCUCUGA